CCAUCUCUCCCACAGUCCCCACGCUGGGAACAAAGUCACGGUGCUAGCGCAGAACAGGCCUCCCGUCGUCGGGUCCCAAGCCGCGACACAUUCCACCAUGCUCCUCCGCGCAUUCCAACUGCAGACAAAGAGUCCCCGUCCCCUACCCCCACACUCUUUCCUGUUUCAAUUCUUGAGUGUUGUAGGGGCAGCUGCCCCAACUGCCCCUGCCCGCCUCUCAUCUACAGUCCGCAGGCCUCCACAUCCAGGGCAGUUAGCGCCAGCGCCCUCUCUGCACGCACACCAGCUAUUCCUGCGCGGACACCCCCGGCCCUCUCACACACACCGCGCUCCGCCCUCCUAGGAAAGUAGAUCCGGCCAAGCAGACAAAAGUUUGGGAGAGAAGUUCGGUCCGUGGCUAGCGUGAGAGCGAGGGGGGCGGGGGCAGGGGAGAGUGGGGCAGUCGGGCGAGUCGACGCGUGAACAGAUAGACCUGCGGACGGGACAGCCGCGGCCAGAGACCCUGCUAGCCCCGCUCAGCCCCAGAUGCGCGAGGGGACGCAGCCCCUCCCGCUGGGGGAUGCUGUGGGAUUCCUGGCGCCGGGCAUCCAGGCCGCCCGCUAAGCCCCUGUGCUUCCCCUGUGCCCCUGGGGAACCAGAGUCCGGCUGCAGGGAAAGAGAACCGGCCGCCGAGACGCCGCAGGGUGCCAGGCGGGGAGGGGGCGAGAGGCCCCAGACCCGAGGGCAUGGAGCGGUUAGGAGAGAAAGCCAGUCGCCUGCUGGAGAAGUUCGGCCGCCGAAAGGGUGAAUCUAGCCGGUCUGGGUCUGACGGGACCCCCGGGCCGGGCAAGGGGCGCCUAAGUGGGUUGGGGGGACCUAGGAAGUCAGGGCCCCGAGGAGCUACUGGGGGACCUGGGGAUGAGCCGUUAGAGCCGGCCCGGGAGCAAGGUUCCCUGGACGCUGAGCGGAAUCAGCGCGGCUCCUUUGAGGCGCCGCGCUACGAAGGCUCCUUUCCCGGGGGGCCGCCGCCCACCCGGGCCUUGCCUCUACCUCAGUCGUUGCCCCCCGAUUUUCGGCUGGAGGCCACGGCCCCGGCCCUCAGCCCCCGCUCCAGCUUCGCCAGUAGCUCGGCCAGCGACGCUAGCAAGCCGUCCAGCCCCCGGGGCAGCCUGCUGCUGGACGGGGCGGGGGCUGGCGGAGCUGGAGGUAGCCGGCCCUGCAGCAAUCGCACCAGCGGCAUCAGCAUGGGCUACGACCAGCGCCACGGGAGCCCCUUGCCAGCGGGGCCGUGCCUGUUUGGCCCACCGCUGGCCGGAGCACCGGCAGGCUAUUCUCCCGGAGGGGUCCCGUCCGCCUAUCCGGAGCUCCACGCCGCCCUGGACCGAUUGUAUGCUCAGCGGCCCGUGGGGUUCGGCUGCCAGGAAAGCCGCCACUCGUAUCCCCCGGCCCUGGGCAGCCCUGGAGCUCUAGCCGGGGCCGGAGUGGGAGCGGCGGGGCCCUUGGAGAGACGGGGGGCGCAACCCGGACGACACUCUGUGACCGGCUACGGGGACUGCGCCGUGGGCGCCCGGUACCAGGACGAGCUAACAGCGUUGCUUCGCCUGACGGUGGGCACUGGUGGGCGAGAAGCUGGCGCCCGCGGAGAACCCUCGGGGAUUGAGCCGUCGGGUCUGGAAGAGCCGCCAGGUCCUUUCGUUCCGGAGGCCGCCCGGGCCAGGAUGCGGGAGUCGGAGGCCAGGGAGGACUACUUCGGCACCUGUAUCAAGUGCAACAAAGGCAUCUAUGGGCAGAGCAAUGCUUGCCAGGCCCUGGACAGCCUCUACCACACCCAGUGCUUUGUCUGCUGCUCUUGUGGGCGAACUUUGCGUUGCAAGGCUUUCUACAGUGUCAACGGCUCUGUGUACUGUGAGGAAGAUUAUCUGUUUUCAGGGUUUCAGGAGGCAGCUGAGAAAUGCUGUGUCUGUGGUCACUUGAUUUUGGAGAAGAUCCUACAAGCAAUGGGGAAGUCCUAUCACCCAGGCUGUUUCCGAUGCAUUGUUUGCAACAAGUGCCUGGAUGGCAUCCCCUUCACAGUGGACUUCUCCAACCAAGUAUACUGUGUCACCGACUACCACAAAAAUUAUGCUCCUAAGUGUGCAGCCUGUGGCCAACCCAUCCUCCCCUCUGAGGGCUGUGAGGACAUCGUGAGAGUGAUAUCCAUGGACCGGGAUUAUCACUUUGAGUGCUACCACUGUGAGGACUGCCGGAUGCAGCUGAGUGAUGAGGAAGGCUGCUGCUGUUUCCCUCUGGAUGGGCACUUGCUUUGCCAUGGCUGCCACAUGCAGCGGCUCAGUGCCCGACAAGCCCCGGCCAACUAUAUCUGAGCUGCAAUCACUGCUGCUGCUGUCACCACCACUGACAAACUGCUCUAGCCAGUGGGCCUCUCUGAGGCCAGCCAAGGCAAAUAACGCACUGUACAGGCCUGGCAGAAGAGUCCUCUGGGGAGGACCCCAAGGACUGGAGACCCAAAGAUCAUGACAUUCCAAAUGGAUUGUGGAAGAGAAACCUUAUAUUUACCAGGGUGGGGGUGACUGGCCUUUUUCCCAUGUGUGCAUCCUGAGCUUAGGCACACACAGGAGGGUUCCAGUACUUUCUGAACAUCUGAUUCUGUAUCUUCAGUAUAUAUAUUUUGUUUUAGAGAUGGGAUCUCACCAUGUUGCCCAGGCUAGUCUUGAACUCCUGGGCUCAAGUGAUCCUCCCACCUUGGCCUCCCAAGGUGCUGGGAUUACAGGCGUAAGCCACUGUGUCUGGCCUAGUAUAUGAUUGUGCAUGAGUCACAUAAUGUUCUGGUCCCGGAUUCCAAGAGUAGAGGACCUAGCUUUAAAUCAACUAGUUUCAGCUAAACUGACUAGAACCAAAUCAAAGUGUAAUUCUCCCUCCAGCUCCCCCAAACCCCAGAGUUUUUGGGUUGUGGUUGAUGCAGGAUGGGAUCCCCCUGAGAGGCAGCAAGUCUAGGGUGGUGAGUUCCUGCUAGGCAACCAAAUUUAAGCUCCUCACUUUUUUGUGACACAUGAUGUCAGAUAUGGGGUCCCGCACCUGUAUCUGGAUGAAGAAGUAGAAACUCUGAACCUCAUUAAUGAGUUAUUUAUUGGCCUUCUUCUAAGGACUAGGAGAGCUCCUCAUCUGUCUGCUGAGAAUGGGGACCAGCUCUGAGUGGGGUUGCUGCCUGUAUUCCCUGUUUCUCAGGGACUCAUGUGGGUCUGGGGAGGCUAGGUGGGUGCUUGUACGUGGUUGCUCUUCUCCUUGGCUAUGGUAGGUAAUAAGCAGGUCUGCGUGGGUGUGGAGGUUGGUGGGGGGAUGUCUAGGAAGCUUCAGCUUAGACACACUCCCAAGUUUAGGUGCACUGAGCCAUACAGCCCAGCGUAUGCAUGUGUGGUUGUGUUCAUGCACACACACACACACACACACACACACACUCUCUCUCUCUCUCUUACUCUCUUCUCAGGUCACUUGUACACUUGGUUUCCUAGUAGAAUCUCACUUGCCACCUCUCAGAGGGGUCCUGGAUUGCAUCCAUCACAAUCCCAAAACUACAGUUGGGGGGAACUGGAGGGAGCAAAACACUGAUUUGGUACUAGUCAGUUUGCCUGAAACUAGUUCACCUAAAGCUAGAUCUCUUAAAACCAAUUUACUGAAAACUUAUUUGCUUAAAGUUAAUGACUUAAUGACUAAUUUGCCAAAAGCUCAAUUCCUAUUUUGGUGUGUUUAUAUCCAUUUAGGUGUCCUAUUCCUUUUUGUCUUGCUUUGGAUAUUUCAAGGAUUUAUAUCUAUUCAUCCAAGAGUACUUCUGAGUUAUUAUCAGCAACAUAAAUUUAUCAAAUUUGCAGCACUUUGUAAAUGAUGAGAUUGCUUCCUACCUUUAUGGAUGUCUUUUUUUAUGUUAUCUACCUUUCAAAAACUUUUUUAAAAAGUUUAAAGUUUCUAGCAAUAAAUACAAUUGGUACAGGCAUUUUGUGUAUCAUUUUUUUUGUUUCUUAAUCCAGUAUUCCUUUACAAAUUAAAUGCCUUGAAAAAUGUAAUGGAGUUCAAUGUGAUUUUGAUGCUUUGGUCUAACUUCUACAUUCCUACUGUUAAAAGGCCAGUAUAUCUUAAAUAAAUGAAUAGGCAUGAGGCAUAUUCAGUUGACUUACAAUGAAAAGUUAUACAGACAACAGUAAUAACUAAGAGGGUGAAUCUGCUAAACCCUUUUGAAAUGCUGCAGAUUUGAUAAAUAUUUAUUUUAGACUAAUUGGUUUUAGGGGAAUUGGUUUUAGGCAAAUUAAUCUAGUAAUCUUUGAUCUUUAGUCUUCAUUUUCUAUCACUCAGUGAGUUUCAUACUGGAAAUGAUGACUCCUGACAACAGAAAUUCCACAUUUGGGGGCUAUUCUAAGAUGACUAUGCCAGCCAACCUGGGAAAUACAUAGAGGAGAUCUCUGAGUGAGAGGGAAAGAGUUCAGAUUUAUACAACUGAGUGCCAGAGGGGAAAAUGCACCUUGUUGAAGUGAGAAACGUUCUGAAACUGAAUUACUUCUUGUACAGCUGAGAUCGCUUCUUCUGUACUAUUGUUAAAUAAGUGAAUACAAAGGCCCUGUGAUGGGAAAUCCAGA